AUGGAGAUGGCGGAUCUCCACAAGGUGUGGGAGAUAAAGGCUCUCAAAAGGCCCCGAGGAGAUGAGGCGAGGAGGAUUCUUGAGAAUGUGGCGAAACAGGUGCAGCCGAUAAUGCGGAGGCGUAAAUGGAGGGUCAAGGUUCUCUCCGAGUUCUGGUAUCCGUAGAUUCGUCUCUCUUGUUGUUUAUUGUAUAAAAAAAUUGGAUUGCUUUCCUGGUAGUGAAAACUUUGGAUCUUAAUCGAAAAUCUGUGGAAUGUGCAGCCCGGCGAAUUCGUCCCUCCUGGGUUUGAAUGUGGGGAGAGGCGUGCACGUCAAGCUGCGUCUGCGGAGGCCAAGGGGGGACCUAGAUUUCUUUUCUUACGAGGAGGUUCUGGACACGAUGCUGCACGAGCUUUGUCAUAUAGAGCAUGGUCCUCACAACGCUUUGUUCUACAAGCUCUGGGAUGAUAUCAGAAAGGCGAGUUUCCCCCGACUCUCUCAAAGGAAUUUCUUUUCGUCAGAUAGUAUCAUAUUCGGCAAUACAGGGAUAUUAUCCGUCAUAUAUAUAGGUUCUCAAACUUCUUACUCGCCCGUGAAGAGGGGUCAGUUUUGCUGUCCAUAUUUAUGUAAUGUGCAUUAUAUGCAACGCCCUUGGCAUCAAGAAAUAGGUUUCCCUGUGUGUAACAAAGUUUGACUUCUUGCUAUGUUUUGCAUUCUCAUAUCACGCUUAUGAUGUAAUUUUUUUGCAAUCAUAUUCUUCUAAGAGUGUCAAUUGUGAUACCAAAAUUUUUGCGCCAGAAGAUAAUGCGUCGUAAGAUUCUAGAAUCCGUUGCUAGACUACGAGGAAAGCUCAUUUUUUAUCCAAACUGUAGCUGUACCUUGGAUGGGUACGUCAAUAGAUGUAUUGACCUUACUAAUUUUUCUUACAUGAACUUUUGAUCACAAACCGCAAAACUGCAAAUUAACAAAGGCUUUUCUGAGGUCCUGGAAGAGUACCAUUCAUUCAAAACGAUAAUUGUCACUUAUUCAUCGCUUAUCUCUGCAGGAAUGUGAGGAGCUGAUAACAAAGGGGAUAAUUGUCACUGGACAGGGUUUUGAUGUUCCUGGAAGACGACUGGGUGGAGUUUCUAGGCAACCUCCUCUGUCAUCUCUUGGGAAAACUGCUUUGGUCGCAGCAGAGAAGCGUAAAUUGAUUGCCAGUUUAUUACCUUCAGGUCCAAAACGUCUAGGGGGGGAUAGCAGUAUCAUGGCUUCUCUAACACCAGUUCAAGCUGCUGCCAUGGCUGCUGAGAGGCGGAUUCUCGAUGAUCUGUGGUGUGCUUCUGAAUCCUGUGUACACUCUAGUGUUGUAGAUGUGUCUGAUGAUGACGUGGAUAAUCAGUUUUUUAAGAGAUCGUUAGAGACGCUGAACAGAUCCUUGACUUCUGGGAAAGAUACCUCGAGUGCCACAUCCCAAGGUCAGGUUGACGCUCAUGGUGAGCUUUACAGCAAUGAGAGAGGUGGGAAGCGCAUCCGAAGUGCUUGCUCAAGUAUAGAUUCUGGUUGCAGUAUGGCUGGUGAUCAUUUAAGCCCUUCAACAUCUGGUUCUGUAUCCAUCUACAAUUCAGUAGACAACAGAGAUUACGGGACGAUUUGGGAAUGCAGUGUGUGCACCCUGUUCAAUAAGGUAGGAGCCUCCCAUUGGUUUAUAUAUAUCUGAGUUCUAGCUAUGUUUUUAUUUCUCUUUAUGUCUCCGAUAUUAUCGUGCCAUGUAAUUGUAUGUGAAGUAUGCCCAAUCGUUAACAUAUGCACUUCUUGGCACACAAACUUGUUGUGUAUUUUAAUUCAUUUAUAUGUACUGAAUCAUUUAUAUUGUGAGAGUGCAUAUUCAAAGAGUUUAUUUUUCAAAGGUGGAGAGGCGGCUUCAGUCAUAAAUCUGAUGAUUUGGGUGAAUUGCAUUACUUUUAUGUCAUUUAAAAUCUUAAGCCAAUAAUCUACAAAAGUUGCGUCAGUAGAUUUUUGCCGUUUUUGUUUCUCAAUACAUAUCAGAAAGGUGUUUGCUGGCUGUUGCAAUCAGAGGAUCUUCUUUGUCUAUGGAUUUUAAUGCACACGCUGACAUGAAGCUGUCAAACCUUUCAAAGCCGGUAUUUCCUAGGAUUAAUAUGAUGUCUCUUGUAGUUCGCAUGCAUUUCUUCCAAUCUCAUGUAAUACCUUUUUCAUAUUAAGGUUUAUUACCUGACGUCUGCUCUUUUCAUCCAUUUUGUUCCCAAUUUCUUCUAUGCAUUCUAUGUGCGUAAAACCCAAAAAGGAAGGGUUGGGUAGUACCUUCUAAUAAAUGAAACUAGCCUAGACAGCAUGACCUUCUUUUGGCACAACGAGGUGGCUUUAAAUGGUUUUGCUUAUCUUCCCUUAUUCUGCUGGGUAUUUUUUGAAAUUUUCAUACGUUCUCAUCAUCCCGUAAAUAAUGCCAAAAAAUUGCCAUAAUUUUAAUUACGCAGUUUGGUGUGUUACUAUGAAUUUUUCUCAUGCUGUUAUUGGUUGAAGCCGCAGCCAUUAGCUCUGGCUUGUGAUGCGUGCGGUUCUGAGAGGCCUAAAGACACUGGAGGUAUAUCAAAGACCUGGUCCUGCAGAUUUUGUACCCUCGACAACAACAUGAAGCUGGAGAAAUGUUCGGCAUGUGGGGAGUGGAGGUACUCGCGUGGUGCUCCUACGUCCACUCGAGCACCGAAUUUUGGUACUUGA